ACAAGUCCAUUGCCACUCACAUACGAUCACUCCGAGUUUAGCAGGUGCAAACUGACAAUAAUCAACUUCAGGUUAUAGGUGUCAUUGUAUAUAUAUAUUUUAUUUUUUUAUUUUUUUAAAAUGUCAUGCGUCCUUGAGUUUUCGCAGGCUGUCAACAAACGCCGUUGCCAGUCGGUAGGUUAGCGUCAAGUCCGUGCCAGCUUGAAGCUAACUAGUUAGCUUGUUAGUUAGCUAGCUACCCUUCAGGCUAACGUCACGCAGCUGUCAGUUAGCAAAGCUAAGUGGCUAGCAAGGUGCAGUGCCACCGGCUUGUACGGCGUGUGGCCCCUUUCGGACAUUAGAAGCUGCAAAAAAACUGCAACUAAUGGACAAAGACGAAGCGGACCGGUUGAUAGAGAACGCGAAGCUAUUCUUACGGGCAGGACGGAGGGACCGAGCGCUGCAGCUGCUAUAUGAAGCCCAGAAUAUCUACCCCAGCACCCGGGCUAGAGUGCUGAUUGACGCCCUUAUCAAAAAUGGAAGCAACGCUGCUCCGGGAGCGAACUACGUGCCCCCGCCCAAAGGCUGGAGAGACGAGGACUGUGGAAGUGCAGCGAGGAGUCAGGUGAACAGCGAUGACAGGAAGAGCUACACAGAAGAGCAGCGCCAGGGUGUUCACAGGAUUAAGAAUUGCAGAGACUUCUAUGAGAUUCUUGGUGUUCCCAAGGAUUCCAGCGAUGACGAUUUGAAGAAGGCGUACAGAAAGCUGGCCCUAAAGUUCCACCCUGACAAGAACUUUGCUCCUGGAGCCACAGAUGCUUUCAAAGCAAUAGGCAACGCGUAUGCCGUACUGAGCAAUCCAGAUAAGAGGCAACAGUACGAUCAGUACGGUGAUCAAUCGACAGCGGAGAGCGCACCCCAACACACCACCCACCAUCGCCACCACCGAAACUUCCACAGAGACUUUGAGGCCGACAUUUCCCCCGAGGAGCUCUUCAACAUUUUCUUUGGAGGACGUUUCCCUACAGGCAAUAUUCACGUGUACACCAACCAGGGCGCCUCGUACUCUGAGUUCUACAAGCCUCGCCGCCGACGAACUUAUGAGCGACGCGAGGAUGUGGCAGAGGACAACCCAAGUCAGAACACCUUCACAGCUCUGCUGCAGCUCCUCCCUGUCCUGGUGUUGAUUCUCAUCUCGGUGUUUACUCAGAUGAUGGCCACCAACCCACCUUACAGCCUCUUCUAUAAACCGAGCAUAGGCCUGGUGGUUUCCCGGGAAACGCAGCACAUGGGCGUGCCGUACUACGUGGAUAAAGGUUUUGAGAAGGAAUACCACGGCGGCACCCUGGACGAGCUGGAGAAGACGAUCGAGAGCGACUACGUCGAACACUUGCAGAGCAGCUGUUGGAAGGAGAAGCAACAGAAGUCGGACUUGAUGAACCUUGGGCAGUUGUAUCGAGAUGAGCGUCUAAAGCAGAAGGCCGAAUCCAUGAGGCUGGACAACUGUGACAAGCUGCAUAGAUUGGUCGGGCGUCAGCGAGGCAAUUGAAGGACGGUUUGUUUAAAAAGGAAUGCCACUCUGGUACAUUAUUAUUAUUUGUACGAUUACUGAGUUUAUUUAUCCACUUGGGCCAUGAUGGCAAGAAUCAUGCAGCAGAGUUGGGAAAGAAAUGUGCCUUCUCUCCUCCGAGAUGGUCGGAAAUACGUGUCAGUUUGCGUGUCAGCCGCUUUGGUGGCCACAGCACUGAGGCUCUGCCCUUUUUUGAACUUUUUCAUUUUAGAUAUGGUCCCUGCCUGAGGUCAUUGUGCUUAGAUAUAUGUAUGUCCGCACGCUUUGAUUUGAAUAUUUUGCUGACUGUUUAGUGCCCUUGCCAAAAUAAUCAAUUAAUCAGCAUAUUCCCUACAGUGACUUGAAUAAUUCAUCCUUUGGACAAAACGCACUAUUAUACUGUGAAGUUAUGGACUUUGUUUUUAUUUAUUACAUAUUUAUUUAUUUAGUUGAAAUCAAAACAAAUCAUCAAACGAAGUGACUGCCUUUUUGUUGUUUUUUUGUUUUUACUCCGCGCUUUAUCAGUCAAUAUUGAGCUUUCCCCAAGAUUGUCCUUUUCAAAACCAAAACAGACAUUUGAAAUGAAAAAUAUGGACAUGACAAUACAUGUAAGAAUUUACAUUGCCGUUGCGGUGCCAUGCGCUGUUGGUUUCUUGUGACAUGUUCAGGCUCAUUUCAAGCACUUUUAUUAUUUAAUACUUCUAUGUUGCAUGUACCCUAGUGAAAGAUUGUUUUAGUACGUAUUGCCUUUAGCAACAUAUUUUCAAUCAAUAUUGACUCACCACAUUGAUUCAAUGGCAUUGACGGCACAUUUACUUAAAUACUCUUGUUGGCUUUUUCAAACAGAACUAUACAGGAAAAUUCAAAGUAAAAUGGACUGUUUUUGUGACUCAUGUCUUGUUUUGUGUUUCUGUGGUUUCGAUUCUGGAUGCAUUAAAAAAAUGAUCAUGCUGAAAGUAUGUCGGCAAUUUGAACAUGCCAUUAUUCCACUUGAAUCAGCAAGAGCAGGAAAUAAAGCAGUUCACAAGAAGUAUACAAGCCAAACUUGAAUUUAUUGUUUAAAAGUAGUGUUAUUAUUAUUACAUCCACAAAACACAGUGAGAUUACCACAGUACUGCUUCACUCAAAAUAUAGGUAGGUAUCCGCAAAACAACCACAAAAUAUACAUUUAAAAUGAUUUAAAGGUUGUUAAAAUGAGGAAAAAAUAAGGUUUCUUUUUUCCCCCUUAACGCCUUAAUAAGGUAACACCACCUAAAAAAAAAAGUCAAGCAAACCAAAGUCUUUGGCCUCUGUUUUCACACAGUGUCUUUACGUUUACUGUAGUGCAUUUAUCACCGUUCAGUCCACCGCACUAGUGUAGACCAGAUGCAGCCCGCCUGUAGGAUUAGUUGAUUUUGAGGCUUUAUAGACACUUAUACAACCUGAUGUUCUUGCCUGUGAGCAGGCCAUGAGUGAUGUAGAGCUAUCACAGGCUUUGACCCACUCUUUCGGAAUCUCCUUUUGUAAUCUGGGAUUACACGUAAUCCAUUUCUGCAAAAUAGGAGUUUCCCCACAUCCAGUCUGCAGCUCAUUGGAAAACGGAGAGCAAAUUGGGGAUUACACGUGACACAGAUUGAGAAGGGGCGGGAUUCUUUAUCAUUUAAAUCUUGGAAGUAUUAACACAUUUUACUUACAGUGUCAGAUUUAAAUUAUUCUGCCUGUUUUGUUCAUUUCUUCAUUUUGAGGUCAGCUUCAAUGGCACAGCGGCGCCCUCUGGUGCCUCCAUC